AAUUUCGCGAUUUCAUAGAUGGCUCGGAAAUACAGCGAGAGUUGUGAAUCUUCUUAUCACGUAAUCACGGCUAAUUUAUAGACGCCGCCAUCACUGUCGUUUGCCGCACUCUGUUUUCAACGAAGCAUUUUGACAAGAUGGAAGUGUUAAAGAAUUCUGUUUCCUUAAAUGCGAAUAAUUAUUUGUUGCCAGAUUGGCUUAAUGCAGCCCAAAGUACAGGGACAUCGAUCAUGGCUUGUGAAUUUAAUGGAGGUGUCGUAAUCGGGGCUGAUUCUCGUUCUACAACAGGGGCCUACGUUGCCAACCGUUAUGCAGACAAGCUAACCAGAGUGACCGAUCACAUAUAUUGCUGUCGUUCAGGAUCCUCAGCAGAUACUCAAGCAAUUUCUGAUAUAGUCACCUAUCACUUGAGUUUUCACCAAAUGGAGCUUGGAACUGCACCUCUUGUGGAAACUGCAGCAAACGUGUUCCGAGAGCUGUGUUACAAUUAUCGUGACUCCCUGCUGGCAGGUGUUCUGGUCGCAGGUUGGGAUCGUCGCAAUGGAGGUCAAGUUUACAGCAUUCCUAUAGGCGGCAUGUGCGUUCGUCAACCGAUAGCAAUAGGUGGUUCAGGUUCCAGUUAUGUUUAUGGUUAUGUGGAUGCACACUACAAGCCAAACAUGUCAAAGGACGAGUGCGUUGAAUUGAUUUCGAACACCCUGGCAUUAGCAAUGUCUCGCGACGGGAGCAGUGGAGGAGUCAUACGAAUUGGAGUGAUUACCGAAGACGGAAUCGAACGGCGAACAAUUCUAGGAGACAAGCUACCGCAAUUUUAUGAGGGUUAAAAUUGAUCAUGAACCUCUCCUUGAAAUAGAAUUACCACGCUUGUUAUUUGCGCGUAAGUCUGCUAAGCAGUUCACUUUGCAUUUGGUAAAUAAAAUUAACGAAACUUA